AUGUCUUCAAGCCCAUACUUCGAUCCUCUCUGCGAAACCGGGCCCCACACAACCCGUUACACCCUAACCGUCUUCGUCCCCGAACGCCCUCCGCCAAGCUGGAUCCCAGCGUUCUUCACGCGCAAGGCCGUUAGGUACCCCAAAAAUAGCUCAAUGUACAGGAUACCUCCCUCGGAUAGGAACAAGGAUCUGGACUGCUUCGAAGACUGGGACCUUGAGGAAGUGCCUACCAAGACCGUGGUCAUCAAGAGCGCGUGGUUUCCAGCAGAGAUGCGGUUAUGA